AUGGCCGACAACGAAGAGGAUAACUCGGCCCUCGCCUCCUUCUUCCCCGAUCCUCCUCUCUUCUGGAAGGCAUUCACCGCGUCAAACCUCCAAGCCUUCGCCGAUCUCAAACAGCAACAUGCUUCUCAACAGGGCAUUGCCGUCGAAGACGUUGUGCGCGUCCCAGAUCUCCCUGCCGAUUCAGACCUCAUAUACCUCCAACCACCAGCCGAGCCCAAAGAAGGAAAAUGGCGAUUAUACGGCGAAGAUCAAUCUCUAGAAGAAUCCCUCCAACCCCUCGAAUCAGCCGGCAUCGAACGUUUAGGUCCUCCACUCCCGGGCAGCUCAACUUCAGUCACCACACAAUCCGACUCCCAAACCAUCACCCAGACCACCACGGCUAGCGACUCCCAAUCCACCACGCAACCAGCACCCGACACGCAAGCCACCUCCGUUUUCCCCUCCCAACAACCCUCCCAACAACCCUCCUCCUCCACCACAACCACAACCGCCGCAGGCGGCCAACAACAACACCAACACCAACAAUCCACCGCCGCCCCGGUGCCAACAACCCACACCCACGACCACCUCCACCUGCACCUCAAACGUCUCUCCAAAUCCCUUCUCCUCAACUACCUCGAGCUCCUAGGAAUAAUGUCCAUCGACCCCUCGGCCGGCUCACAAAAGGCCUCAGACUUACGGACCCUAUUCCUAAACUUCCACCAUGUCCUCAACGAGUACCGCCCUCACCAGGCUAGGGAGCAACUGAUUCAGCUGAUGCAGGAGCGAUUGGACCAGACGAGGGCGGAGACGGCUGCUAAUCGCGCGGUGGCGGAGAAGGCGAGACGGGUGUUGGAGGGGUUGGGGAGUGUGGAUAUUCCUGUGGGUGCGAUGGAGACCGUUGGAGGGGCGGGAGGGGCGGGAAUGGUUACUAUGGGAGAAGAGGGAGAUGGGGGAGAUGGGGGAGGAUAUGCGUAUGCCCCCGGGAGAAGGGGGACGGUGGUGGGGGAUCGGAGGGUGGGUGUUGAUGGGGAUGGAGGGGUGGAUGAGGAGGGGAGGUAUUGGGAGCGGGAGGGGAUGGGGUGGGGGGUUUUGGAUGCCGAGUUUGCGUGA